AUGCGCCGCUGUUAUCAGAUGUUUACAGCACUAGCUGAUUUAUUAAUAAGCAUACUAAAUCCUAUUCUGGUCCACCCCAUAUGUGGGUUAUAGUCCAUGGUAAACCUUUUAUAGGGGGCCCAUGCAAUCAAGCCGAACUGAUUGGGUUUUAUGGUUAAUAUAAAGACUAGACAAGCCAAACGAACUCGAGUACAUUACAGAGUUCACUGGAACCAGAGCUUAAGUUGCCAUAUCACUGUUUGUACUUCCCACACAUGAUAUGAUAGCUCUAUUCUCUCCUGUUUUGAGUAACAAGCUUAAUAUUCCAAACGCACAUGGGCAAUUAUGGCAAUAAAGUUCUAUGGUAGCAACUCCCUCAAAAUUCAAAACAGAGGCGAAAAGCCAUUCCGCACUUAUCGCUCACCCCAAGCAGCGUAUCACAGCCAUGAGUUUUGGAGGGAAUCAGGUAUUCGGCUCAUAUUUAAAAAUUCUUAUCGCAGUAACGGCUAUAAAAAGUUUUCGUUUAUCAAAAUAAUAUAUAUAGCAAGAAAACGCUUUCAGAUCUGGGUCGGUUGUCUGUAUAUCAUGAACCAUUGCUGCUCACAUUUCUUCAAAUCAUCUUUUCGAUCUCAUUUAUUCUGAUAUUCUACUAUUGGGUAAUCUCGAUGAGAAUCAAGAACCAAUUGACAGCAGCUGUCGUGACGAAUUCAUAAGUGGAUUUAUUUAUACAUAUUUAGUGUCAGCGGAAAAUUGAUUGAAAUGUUUGCAAAGUAUCUUCACAGUACCUUUAAAUAUAUCUCUUGAGCACACAUGAAUUUCCUAGGCAACAGAUUGUCUUAAUGAAAUAGCAUGCCAAUUGUCCCAUGAUCAAGACUCAACUGAAAAAUGCAUUGAAGCAUGCUUUUCAAUUAAAAUUUCGACUGAACUUGUCCGCAGACGCAAUCACGCAUACGCCAUGUUGUACACUUGGCAAACAUUUUAGCGAACCCAGUGAAACUUCGAGGUAUAAAUAAAACAAAUUUCGGUUUUCAGAAAAUAUUGAAAUACAGGUCUGAGCGUGUGUUUGAGGCCUGUGUACCUUUUCAAUUCGGCAGUAGUAAUUAAUGAUAAUUGACGGUCCAAGUCACUCGGAGAAAGAGUGUCGAUUCUGUCAGUUGGGAUUUAGGCUUUAUAAAGCACAUAUGUAUGCGGAAUAGCAAACGAAUUUCAAUAUUUGUCGUUCCCAAAAUGUUACCACUUCUAAUCAAACAAAGCUGCUACCGAACUGACUUUAUUCGUGGCUUUUACGUAAAUAUUUUUGAUGUUAUUAUAUUUCACUUUGUGUAUUGUCGAGUUUAACGCCUUGAACGCCAGUUGCUAAUUGUCAGUUAGAGCCCACUUAGUACCCUUCGGAAAACGCGCCGGGGUAUAUAAGAAGAUGAUGUAUGUAUUUUCCGCAGCGUUCUUAUGUUUAUUCAAUGAUAAACUAGCUGAUAUAUUUACGAUUGAACAUUUGUUUCCGAAAUGAACUUAUAGCUAUAUUACCGAAAGUUUUCCCCGACCUACCUCUACAUUCAGCCAUACAGUCGGCUGGAAAAUACAAUUGAAUUGUGGAAACGGGUCUAUAAAAUCAUUCCGGACUCUGACUCCUGUCUGUCAACCAGCAAUGUAGCACCUACAAAUGUGCCAAGUGAGCAUCAUGUGAUAUACUCUGGUUCUCGGUUCGCUAAUAGAACCACCAUAUAGACAGAACAAACAAGAUCUCCGUACUACACUACUGCCUGCGCAGUAUGCGAGUUGAGUUGAGCUACCGUUUAGAUUACGGAUAUAUAUAUAUUUGUCAAGUCGGUUGGCUAAAAGCAGUUUGCAGUGCCUAAUACCGAUUCAUGGCUAUUUUUAAAGGCGAGAUCAGUAAAUAGGCCAAUAGUCUUUUCUCAAUUUAUCAACGCUCAACAAGUUCCUGGAUGUGGGCUGAAAUAAUAGAGGAAAUUAAAUAGUUAUAACUGGGCCAUGCCGCGGAUGCGGAUGCGGUUGACAGCCAUGAGACGAGCACUUUGCUGGCCACCAUCACCACCGAGAUGAUGCCGUUGCCCGAUUCCGGGCGCAGCUGCUUUGGUUGGUCCUCUGCGCCGGAGGCAGCGGGCGGAAACUGCUCCAGAUCAAGCCGGAACGGAACUCUUAAGUGCUAUGGCGGAAUGAAUAACCUGGCUGCCCUCAGCCAAUCUGGAAAGCUGAGCAGAGCGCAGCCCGCGCUGGAAAUGCUUCUAUGCGGCUGGCCAAGAGAUGGUCUAAAUCAUUUCAGGGAACUGCAGAGAUUGCCCCGUCUUCGAUCGCUGACCAUCGAGUACAGCGGCUUCACCGAAUUCAAAUUCGACUUUCCCGAAAUGUCGGAGCUGCAUACCAUCAACAUUUCGUGGACGAAUCUCUCAUACAUCUCAGCCCGCACCUUCAAGAGGGUGCUUCCGCUCAAGGUCUUAGAUCUGCGUUGGAACCAGCUCAUCCAACUGGAUGGACCACUGUUGCUGCCCCGCAAUUUCGAGCAGCUCUAUCUGGCGGGUAAUCCGUGGAACUGUACGCGAAACUUCAAGUGGAUGCUGCUGCAGCCGGAGAAGGGACGUCUGGUGGUGGACCGCGACGAGCUAAUCUGCACAGAUCGGAAGUACAAGGAACGCCAGAUGCUCCUGGUCAUGCACUAUAAGCUGGAGCUGAAGAGACAAUGCCAAUGGCACGAGGAUCUUAGGAACUGCACUUGCCUCAUGCAUCACAUCUUGCCGAAGACCCACAUACCGCUCUAUACGGUCAACUGUUCCCAUUUGCAGUUCCACCGCUUGCCCGCCUUUUUGCCGGAUAACACCACCACUUUGGUUAUCAACGAUAAUAUGAUCAGUGAUAUAAAUCCGCUGCGAGACAAUCCCCACUACCGCCACGUGGUGGAUAUGCAGCUGGAGAACAAUCACAUAUCCAAUGUGGACAACUUGGAGGACACCUACUGGCUGCAGAACUUCCGCUUGCUCAACCUGCGUGGCAACAAUCUCCGCAAGCUUCAUGUCUACGCCCUGGACAACGCACUCGAAGACAACGAGAAUGCCAAUCUGCUAUUGCUGAGCCGAAAUCCCUGGCACUGCACCUGCAAGUUUGGCAGCCGAAUGCGAGAGCUGCUGACCAAGUACAAGGAUAUCGUGCGGGAUGCAUGGAAUGUGAGCUGCACCUAUCGCCUGGAUGACGACCAGCUGCUGGCCAAAGUGCUGACCCUCAGUCGGCAGGAGAUGUGCAAUUUAAGUUUGGACGACGGCACUCAGAUCCAUCCCAUCGAUUGGCUGAACGGGGUGCUGGCCAGCUUGAUAUUCCUCAUCCUGGGCAAGCUGGCCUACGAUUACUACUACUACAAGUAUUACGGUCGAGUUCCUUGGAUUGUGAUGAAAAUGCCUUAGUCUACAUCUUAUGUGUUAAGAGAGAGUUAAGCUCGAAAGUAUUUCUCAACCGAAGACAACGGUUUUCGGUUUAUUCUUGAAAAUCUACAAAAACAAUAGCGGUCUUUGUAGCAUAUAUGAAUAUUUAUAUAUAAAUAAUGUUGUUUAGGUAUUUAUGUAUGUAUAUUUAAGCUAGGUCAACGCAAAACUCUCAAAAUAGUUGUUUACAUCCACACUAUUGCACUUUUCAAACUGUUUUAUAUGGUUAAAAACAUUCGUUCUCACGUUCCUACACAUUUGACGGUUGAUUUUAGCAUUUAACCUGCAUUUAAAUUGGCACAAAGCGCUUAAUGUUUGAUAAUGAGAAACAGCUAAGAUAAGUUUAUGUUUUUUAAUUUUGCAUCUGGACAGAACGGAAUACGUGUGUAUUAUAAGUUAGUUACACAUUAUUCCAUUUAAAUGAAUCUAAUAUUGUAUCAUGUAUAUGUACAAUUAAAACCCUCGAUUUAAUUUCUUUGGCAAUCGAAAUCAGUGCAAAAUACCGCAUCUUUUCGGUCAAAGCAAAUGCAAAAUGUUUAAAAUAAUUGCAUAGGUACAAGCUUAUAAAUUAAACAACAGUGCUGGACAUUGUAAACGAAGCUUAAAA